GUAUUUGCGUAGGAGGGAGAGGCAUCACCAAAACGGAGCGCACAAAGCCAUUGCGCGCAGUACCACGUCAUUCUGUCAAACUUAUUGAAACGUGUUUUGUUACUUUCUGGCAACAUAUACUUCAUUUUCAUUCAGAUAAUAUUUAAAUAGGUGGGGAGUCGGGGGAGAUGAUGACAGGAUUUCGACUGAACUUGGKGCCUCUCAAGGAACCGCUGGGAUUCAUCAAAUUUGUAGAAUGGCUGACAGCCAUCUUUGCGUUUGGGAGCUGUGGGGGUUAUUCUGGCAGGAAUAUCGUGUCACUCUUCUGCYGUGAAGGAAGGAACGAGACGCUGAAUGUUACUUUUAGCUAUCCCUUCAGGUUAAACCUGGUUGCUCUAGUGGAGGCCAACACCACUCUGUGUAACCACUCCGUGCCCGUCACCCACCUGGUGGGAGACUCCGCCUCCUCGGCCCAGUUCUUUGUGGGCGUGGCCAUCAUCUGCUUCCUGUAUUCUAUAGUGGCGUUGCUCAUCUACCUGGGCUACAUGCACAUGUACAUCGACUCUGACUUCGGCCCUAUGUUUGAUUUUGGUCUGACGGCAGCGAUUGCCUUCCUGUGGCUAGUGUGUUCCUCAGCAUGGGCCAAGGGGCUGCAGAACGUGAAGGAUGCCACCGGGACAGCGGGCAUCACCUCCACACUGGCACUCUGCAAGGAGAGCGACGUGGCCUGCGAGGUCACUGACUUUGCCAACAUGCGCACCCUCAAUGUCUCUGUGGUGUUUGGGUACCUGAAUCUGAUUGUGUGGGCGGGCAACGCCUGGUUUGUGUACAAGGAGACCCGCUGGCAUUCUCAGAAGUACACUGCCCAGCAGGGGGCUGGGGCCGGGCGUGGUCAACAAGUCCCUGCUGCUAUCUAAUACUCUACUGCACUUCCAAUGCACAAAAUAGCCCCGACACACCCUAAGUACUCCUGUAGAUCUGAGAGGAUUGGAUAGAUACACUAUAAGCUUUAUGGUAAUAGGCAGCUUCAUCUUGCCUGCUGAUUGGGUGGAAAUGGGCCAUAUCUAUACCGUGCCUUAAUUAUCAAUAUCUAUGCUUUGUCGAAUAUAUCUGUGCCUUCAAUACCUAUCCCAGUAUUGGCCCAUGCCUUUAUGUGCCUUAGCAUGACAAUGCUUUCUCUCCUCGUGCCUUCUCUAACCUCUAAACCGGUGCCUUCUCUUACCAGUAAACCCCACGAAGCCCUGGUACGUUCUCCUAAGCUGUGGUACAGACUCAUUGACAGCAUUUGUGCACUUUGACCUGCAACUAUCUUUGUGCUGGGCAUUUCUGCCAAACCCUAACCUGGGAUAGUUCAGAUUCUUAAACAAUGCGUCCUUUCACCUCAUGGCCUAGAAGGAAUCAUGAUUUGUCGUCACUUGCCUCUUUUUGCCAAGUGUAGCAGUCUUGCUUCCGUCCCUCUCCUUGUCCCAACCUGGGCUCGAACCAGGGACCCUCUGAACACAUCAACAACUGCCUCCCACG